AUGACUUUCCUUUACCGAGGCGGCAAGGACGUGGUGGUGGUGGCGGCGCGCGAGGAGCUGCGCGCGCCGAGCCGCGAGACUCUGCCGCCCGCCGCGCCCGCGCCCGGCCUCGUCCUGCCCGACGGCUCCAUCAACUGGGGCUGCCCCUGCCUGGGCGGCAUGGCCACCGGGCCCUGCGGCCCGCAGUUCCGCGAAGCCUUCUCCUGCUUCCACUACAGUGAAGCGGACCCCAAGGGCAGCGACUGUUACGAGAAGUUCAGCGUGAUGCAGGGGUGCAUGGCGGACUACCCCGAGCUGUACGGCAAGGACGAGGACGACGACGACGACGAGCUGUCGGCGGCGCUCGAGCAGGCGGCGGGGGAGGGCGGGGAGCAGCGGGCGGUGGGGGGUGGCGGGGAGGGGGGAGAGCGGGCAGCGGGGGAGGGAGUGGGGCGUGACGAGCGGGCGGCGGGGAAGGGCGGGGAGGGGGGCGGGCGCGCGUAG